AGGCUGGAGAGUCUAACGAGGGCUCUCAUAAUGAUCCUCCAUUAAUUCGAACUUCAAAACCCCUUUACAAUUGUGAUCACCUCUUUUACCUUCCUCUUUGUAGGAUAAACGGUUUAUGAUGACUAAUCGUAAAUCCAGUUGCUGCGGGAUUUGCGAGACGUCAAAUCUCGCUUCAAUUUGCACUGUUUGUGUUAAUUACAGAUUGACUGAGUAUUAUACCUUGCUGAAAUCUUUACGAUGUCGGCGUGAUCAUCUUUACUCGAGGCUAACCCACAAAUUGGUUGCCAAGGGAAAGGCUGAUGAACAACUUAAUUGGAAGAUCGUUCAAAUGGAGAAGAUUGGAAGGCUGAAUGAGAAACUUCUCAAAGCAAGAGAACAACUUCUGCAUGGGAAGUCAAAAUUGGAAAAAGCUUCUAGCGAUCUCAAAGUGACAUAUGGAUUGCUCGAGUUUUCUCAAAACAUGUUAGAGAAACAUCGGGUUGAGCAGCUGGAGAAAUCUUAUCCUAAUUGGAUCUGCACUCAGAGUUUAGGUUAUAUGGCGAUAACCUCAGAGCGUUUACAUAAACAAUCAGUUGUUAUAAAACAAAUCUGCAAAUUGUUUCCUCAGCGUCUGGUGAAGAUGGAUAAUGAAAAGAAGGAUGGAUUCAAUGGUCAAUAUGAUGUAAUCUGUAACGCUCGGUUACCACGAGGUUUAAAUCCUCAUUCUGUUCCAGCAGAGGAGCUGGCAGCGUCUUUGGGGUAUAUGGUUCAACUGCUGAAUCUGGUGGUUCAGAGCCUAUGUCUUCCAGUUCUUCAUAACUCUGGUUUUGCUGGCUCUUGUUCUCGAAUAUGGCAACGGGAUUCUUAUUGGAAUGCUCGUCCAUCCUCUCGAAGCAAUGAGUAUCCCCUUUUCAUUCCCAGACAGAACUGUUGCUCUGUUGGCGGAGAAAACUCAUGGUCUGAGAAAUCUGGCCAUUUUGGAGUUGCAUCAGUAGAAUCUGAUAGGAAACCAAAACUGCAGUCUUCCGGAAGUAUUAGUUUUAAUUAUUCUUGUGCAUUACCGCAUUCAAUGGAAACCCACAAUGACUUGCAGAAAGGGAUUGCUCUUCUUAAGAAAAGUGUGGCUUGUGCAACGGCGUAUUGUUACAACUCUCUGUGCCUGGAUGUGCCCUCAGAUUCUUCUACUUUUGAAGCAUUUGCAAAAUUGCUUGCUACUCUUUCUUCGUCCAAGGAAGUUCGAUCUGUUCUGUCCUUGAAAAUGGCUUGUUCUAGAUCCUGUAAACAAGUUCAGCAACUCAACAAAUCUGUUUGGAAUGUGAAUUCAAUGAUUGAUUCAAGCACAAUGUUGGAAAGUGCACAUGCUCAACCUUUAAUGCUAAGUAUGUAUGAUAGAAAUCUCCCAAGUUCUGCUCCCAGUUUUUUAUAUACCACUAGCAAAGCUGAUGCUAGGAAGAAUGAGAACCUCUUUGAUGGAUGGGACUUGGUUGAGCAUCCAAAAUUGCCGCCACCAUCUGAAACUGAAGAUAUUGAACACUGGACUCGAGCCAUGUUUACGGAUGCCACAAAAAAGUAAUUGAUGCUAUCUUCCAGCAAGUUUCUCUAUAACAACAGGAUCUCAGAUGAUGCUCAAGUUUGUAAAUGGUAAAUAUGAUGGGUUCAAGUAGUGGCAUUUGAAUGGAUUUGAUUUCACCCCGUUAUUGACGGUAAAUAUGCAUUUCCGGUUCAUCUAGCCCAUGUAAAUGCUGAAAUAUAUUUACUGUAAAUAUGCAUUUUCCGGUUUACUUUAGACUAUCCAAAUUAUUUAUUUUUGUUUAUUCAUAUUUUUUUCGGAUAUUUCAUGAUAUACCACUGAGUUUCUUCGAAAUUCACCA